UUGUGGAAAGAAUGAAGCUGGGGUUCUUAAAACGGAUCGGAUAUGGGAUUCUGAUACUCUCUUUUCUGACGAUAGUCUUCCAUGUUACUGUGCUUAAUAGGCGCCGAUCAAGUGAUGUUCUUACUUUUCGAGCAAAAGACCUGUCACAAAAAGAAUACAGGUGGCUAAAUAAUAGAAAGGAAACACAGCAAUGGGAGUCAUUCAGAGACAAGGGAAAUCCAGAGAAAGAAAGCGUGGUAGUCCAGACUGAUAAUUAUACACUCCAUUUUUCCUCCAACACAAAAGAGUUGUCGUCAGGAAAUGACGCAAAGGAUUAUGUACCAAGACAGGUGUCAUAUCAAGACUUCUUAAACCAGCCAUCAGUUGAUCUCACCAAGCUACGGGCAAACUGGAGAGCCGAUGCCCGCAUUAUACAGAACGCCAGCAAUAAACAAAGAUUCCUGACAAUUGGUAUACCAACAGUUAAACGUGAGAAAGACGAAUACAUCCUAAACACCGUUCAGUCCAUAGUGAACUGCACAACAGAGAACGAACUUACGGAAAUUUACAUUGUUGUUUUCCUCGCGGAUUUUGACGCGAAAUGGAAGGAGGACAUAAGCAAGAGAUUACGAAAAAACUUUCAAAACAUUAUCUCCAAGGGAACGCUGCACGUAAUUCAGGCAUGGGAGUCAUUUUAUCCGCCAUUGGAUAAUUUAAAACAUACGUUUGUGGAUCCAGAGACCAAGAAAAGAUGGCGGGCUAAGCAGAAUGUAGAUUACGCUUUCUUGUUUCUGUAUAGUCAGGUUCUCUCCACGUAUUACAUACAGCUAGAGGACGAUAUUUACACUAUACCGGGUUAUCUAACGGUCAUUAAAGAUUACAUUAAUAAGAUGAAGGACCGCUGGGUGUGUUUAGAGUUCUCAGAACUAGGCUUUAUAGGAAAGUUAUACCACUCUACCGAUAUUGAAAAACUUGCCAAAAUGGUGCUUCUAUUUUACGCACAACAGCCUUGUGACGUAACAUAUUUGAAUUUCAAUGUACAAAUGUUGCAAUUUAAGCGACGAAUUCGUCGACCCACCAUAUUUGAACAUGUAGGCUAUCACUCUUCUCUUCCGGGUAAAGUACAACCUCUUAAAGAUCGCUUCUUUCUGGCCCAUCCUAAAACCUUAAAGGGAGAUAAUCCACCCGCCAAAAUCUACACCAGUCUACCCUUCGAGGGAUAUUUUAACCCGGAUAAAGCGUACAACAAAGAGGACGGUGUGUUCUGGAGUAAAAGGAAUGGAAAAGCAAACGAUUGGGUGUCUGUAGUGUUUGAUAAACCCCAGUUACUGGACAGAAUAAUCAUACAAACCGGAACAGAAUCUCACCCGGGCGAUAAAAUUCAUUACGCCAAACUCGAGGCUAGUCUUGCCUCGGUUUCAAAGGGGCCUGGGAUGCCCGUAUGUAAAGACAACAAACUGCUGGGUUAUUUUGAAGAUGGCGAUCUUAAAAUUGAUGACGUUCGAUCUGUCACCAAGCAGCAGAAAAUUCACUGUUUGAAUAUCAUUAUUACCAACAAACAAGAGACUUGGGUGAUAGUCAAAGAAAUCGCCGUAUUUGCUGUACCCCAGGAAAACAAGCAGAAGUCUUGAUUAGACACAGUCCCACAGAAUCUUUGCUGAAAACAGCACCUUCAAUUUUUUUUAAAUCGAGCCACCGCUCACUUUACAUAACGGAAGUGCAAUACAUCAAUGAAUCCACGUGUUGAAGUCCAGAACAGUGCAAUAUUUAAUAAUAUAGAUACCAGUUUGUAUGUUGUCAUAGACAGCAACUGAGAUAUACAGAAACGUGGGUAAACGAAGGUAUGGCUCGUGAGAAAAAUGUCCUCCAAAAUAACUGCUUUUUGGUGGUAUGUUAGUGAUAUUAUCAUUGCUUAGAACAGGUAUAAUUCCUAAAGUGCCAGCAAUCAAACCACUGAAAUCAAAGAAAAUUCAAAACUAAAUAAAUAAACAUUCCGAUUAGAUGUCAAGAAACAAGAAAAUUUUAAUUCUUUUUUUUUUUUUUUUUUUUUUUUUUUUUGGCCAAAGUCAAAUGUCUGAAAAUAAGAGUUUCGAUCAAGAAAAAAUACCCAGCCAUUAAACAUGCAUUUUGCCACUUCUAAAUUUUUCCGCAAUAACGAUAUAUCGUGAUUUUUAACUCACAUGAAUUUGAGUUCGGUGCUCAAGUGAGUUCCUCUGACGAAUUGUCCAGCGUAUAUAUAUUGUAAGAGUGAUCACAAUACAUGGAAUUAAGAAGAAUCUUUUUAAGAACAGCAGGGUCAAUAUGGUCCAUUAGGGUGGGAACAAAUCAGAUAUUCAUAGUUUGAAAUUGGAGUAUAUAUUUAAAGGAAUAGCAUGACCCCCCUACCCCCCCCCCCCACCCCAUCCACCGGGGGAGGACAAUCUUAAUGCAGGUAAGAACUGUGUGACUCAUGGAUCUUCUUUUUUCUCUGAACCAUCCAUACCUUUCUUUACGCAUGUCAUUUUCUGUGUGACACAAAGGCGGUGUUUUGUCAAAACCAGUACUUGCAUAAAAUCGUUGAUUUGUGUCAGCAUUAUUUAUAGAGCUUCCUUUUUUGUGUGACUGGCAGCGGAAUUUAAAUAAUUGUAUUCAAUGAGAGAGAGAGAGAGAGAGAAAGAGAUGCUUACCGGUGAGUUUUUUAAUUAUAUGCUUUACUUUGCCAUUUGUUAGAUCUCGACAAGUGUUUGAUGUUGAUUUGUUUUUUUUUUAAUUUGGAUAGGCUACUUUUUGUUUUAUUAAGCAGUACAUUGUACUUCAACAUAUAUAUAUAUGUAUGUCUAUAUAAUUAUAAUGAAUCAAAAUAUUUUACGAUUGAAUCAAAUAUAAUUAUAGCAUUCCGGUUUUUAAAGAAUGAUCUAUGUCUUAAUAAAUUAGAAGUUAAAGUAAUAAAAAGUUUUUUU